AUGUGGCGGCGGAGCUUCGGUACCGGCAGUCACGCGGUGGACGCUCUGAAAGAGAAGAAGUGGGACGCGCUCGUGAUCGGAGGUGGCCAUAACGGUUUGACGGCAGCGGCUUACUUAGCUCGCGGCGGUCUCUCUGUUGCCGUGCUCGAGAGACGCCACGUUAUCGGUGGAGCGGCGGUGACUGAAGAACUGAUCCCUGGCUUUAAGUUCUCUCGAUGCAGUUACCUCCAGAGCCUCCUCCGUCCCUCCGUUAUCAGUGAACUAGAGUUAGCGAGACAUGGUUUGAAGUUGUUGAAGAGGAAUCCAUCAUCGUUUACGCCUUGUUUGGAUGGGCGAUAUCUUUUGUUAGGGCCUACUAAAGUGCUUAAUCAUAGGGAGAUCUCCAAGUUCUCCAAACGAGAUGCCGAUGCUUAUCCGAAAUAUGAGAGUCAAUUAGAGAGAUUCUGUACACUCAUGGAUCCACUUUUGGAUUCAUCGCCUCCUGAAUCUUUGCAAGGUAUUUCAUCUCUCCAAGAUCGUCUCAAGAAUAAAGUACACAACUCGGUAUUUUGGACUCGUUUGCUGCACCAGGCUGCUUCCCUGGGGCAGAAAGACAUGGUGGAUUUUAUGGAUCUUUUAUUGUCCCCAGCUUCGAAGGUUUUGAAUAACUGGUUUGAGACAGAUGUUCUGAAGGCAACCCUUGCAACAGAUGCUGUGAUAGGGAGUAUGGCCAGUGUCAACACACCAGGGAGUGGAUAUGUACUGCUGCAUCAUGUGAUGGGAGAAACUGAUGGUGAUCGUGGAAUUUGGUCAUAUGUUGAAGGUGGAAUGGGGUCGGUAUCCAUGGCUAUUGGCAAUGCUGCCCGGGAAGCUGGGGCUCAUAUUGUCACAAGUGCAGGGGUUUCACAGCUGAUAGUGGAUGACUCGGGCAAAGCAAAUGGGGUGUUGCUGGCUGAUGGAACGGUGGUGCAGUCUUCAAACAUUUUAUCAAAUGCAACACCUUACAAAACUUUCAUGGAAUUGGUGCCACAAAAUGUUCUUCCUGAUGAUUUCACACGUUCUAUUAAGUAUUCUGAUUACAGUUCUGGAACUACCAAAAUAAACGUAGCUGUUGAUAAGUUGCCUGAUUUCCAUUGUUGCAAGUCAAUUGAUGGUCUUCAGUACAAUGGUACCAUUCAUAUCGGUUCUGAGAGCAUGGAGGAGAUUGAUUCAGCUUGUCAAGAUGCAGUCAAUGGAUUGCCAUCAAGAAGGCCAGUCAUUGAAAUGACAAUUCCAUCCAUACUGGACAAGACGAUUUCUCCACCUGGUAAGCAUGUCAUCAACUUGUUCAUCCAAUAUACCCCUUAUAAUCCAUCCAACGGCUGCUGGGAUGAUCCUGUUUACAGGGAAUCAUUUGCACAAAGAUGUUUCAACUUGAUUGAUGAAUAUGCACCGGGUUUCAGCUCGUCGGUCAUUGGCUACGACAUGCUAACUCCUCCGGACCUUGAAAGGGAAAUUGGCUUGACAGGAGGAAAUAUCUUUCAUGGUGCUAUGGGAUUAGAUUCGCUUUUCCUCAUGCGACCUGUUAAAGGAUGGUCGAAUUAUAGGACUCCAUUACCAGGUCUUUACUUGUGCGGGAGUGGUGCCCAUCCAGGCGGUGGUGUGAUGGGUGCACCCGGCCGCAAUGCAGCAAAGCUGGUUCUUGAAGAUUUCAAGAAAAAAAUGAACUGAUUUUCAGAAAAAAUGAAAAUCAAGAUCAGCUCUGCUUUUUUAGUUAUGCUUUGGGAAAUGAUAUCCUUUCAUCUUUAGUCCUUCACGUAAAUUGUUUUUUAUUUAUGACUACAAUGCCUGAUUGAUUAUUACUAAUUAUUACUAUCUAAUACUAGUUAACUAAACAAAUUAAUUAUAA